AUGGAGUAUAUCGAAGAUGUGGAUGGUGAUACAAUUUCGAAUGAUUCUUUGUUAAUUAGUAAAACAGAAAAAGAAAAACACAAAAGUGCAAAAUGCAAGUAUUGUCCUGCAUUAUGGACUCGAGGAAGGGCCCAGGAUAUGAGAACUCACCUCACAAUGAAGUGUAAAGAUGCAUAUUUUGAUACAAAAGAAGCAAUUGAUAAAGAUAAAGAAACAAGGGUCAAUAAAUCUCUAAUUAAAUGGAUUGUGUGUUCGGGUAUUUUAUUUUCAGCCUUUGAUUCCCCCUAUUUUGAAGAUUUUACCAAGAUGUUGAAUCCAGGAUAUAAUUCACCUAAGCGCACUAUAUUAGCAAUAUCAAUAUUAGAUGUAGAAGCGGCAAAUAUCUUGCUGAAGGUAGAAAAAAAACUUUCUAAGGCUAAAAAUAUUACUUUAUGUAUAGAUGGUUGGAGUAGCCCAUUAAAGCAAAAAGUAUUGAAAAAUGUUGGGCCUGAAAAAUUUAUAGCAAUAAUUUCAGACGCAGAAUCAUCAAUAGUAGCAGCUAAAUGUCAAGUUACGACAAAAUAUCCGCAUAUCUUGUCAAUAAGAUGCAUUGCACAUCACAUUCAAUUAAUAUCUAGCAUGCUAGAAAUAUGGAAACAAUUGGGUGGUGGUCGAACAAGUGCUGACCUUUUGAAAACUCAGAUGAGCUUGUACAAAAACCAAGAGCCUCCUUUUAAUGAUAGAUUUAUUUCAUCCAUUAAUAUCAUUACUAAUUGGUGGACUUUAGUUGAUCUUACAAAGAAUGAAGACCAUAUUAAAACCCUUGCCUUGCAAAUACAUUCUAUUCCCCCUAUAACACUGCUUGUGAGCGAGUCUUUA